ACGCAAUUGCGCACCAAAUUAAGUAAUGUUUACCCAUAAACUAAACUAUAUAUGAACGUAUAAUUCGGGGAUAACCAUGGGUAUAGAUAUAGAAAGCAUAAUAAAGUCAAACAAGUACUUUAAGGAAUCUCGGUUGAGAUCAUUGUACUCGGAUUUUGAACAUCAGAAGCAUCUUAAUCCCGAAGGAUAUGAAGCAAAUAUAACGGCAUGGAAUGAUCUUCUACGUGAUCUCUUACAAACACAUGUAUUUGAUGAUUCAGUGGUAUCAUUUCCAACAUAUAAUCCUGAUUUGGCUACUUUAUUGAAGAUUCCAAUCUAUGGGAAACCAUUAUCGUUAGGAAUUAUACUUCGUGAACUUGUUAAAAGUCAUUCAUUAAUACCUUAUUCAUAUUAUAAUUCUGGUAAUCAAUCAUAUUUAAAAGUACUCGAUAAAACUUAUAAGUUGGACGAUUACCUAUCUCCGACCUCCUGGAUCAAAUGGGGGUUGACUACUGUGGGUUUGGGUAGUGAAUUUAAUGCUACAACAUCAAAUGGAGAACUUAAGCAUGAACGAUAUAUAUCGUGGGAUUUGUUAACCAAAGUGGGGAAUGAAAUAUGGAAUCGUAUAGAAUCAGAUAUUCUUCAAAUGGGUACUCACUCCUGUGAAUUAUCAGAUAAUCAAAGAUUAUUCGACUUUAUGAAAAAAGUCCAUCCAACUCUUACUAAGUUUGAUUGCGAACUUAUAUUGACAUACCUCUCGAGAGAUGUUGGUAAGUGUAAGUUAUUAAGGCAAGAUAAUAAAGUGUUUAUUAAAUUCUCAUCUGGUAAUAUAACAAAGGAAGAUAUUGGAAUUAUAAAUUUAGAGACAAGUCUAUUCAACAUUAAUAAGAGGAAUGAACAAUUAGAGGGUAAGAUUAAAGAUAUUGAUCAGAAGUUAAAGGAAAGUUUCCAAAUCAACAAUAAGGGAGAUAAAUUAACUCGUCAACGACAUUUACUUCGUCUAAGGAAGAUUCUUCAAUCUUCACUUAAUCACAGUUUGGGUUCCUACAAUGAGCUUCAUCAGGUAUUACUUAAAAUAAAUGAUUCAACUCAGAAUAUUAAUGUAUAUGAACAGUUGGUAUCUUCCACAUUUAUCUUAAAGGAUUUAAAUGCGAGUGUAGAUUUUGCCAAUAUAGAGGAAGUUAAACAAGAAUUACAACUGGAAUUUGAAAAGUCAGAUGAAAUCUCAGAAGCUUUGGGUAAAGAUUUACGUGAUGAUGUUGAUAUAGAACAAGAGUUACAAGCCUUAGAUGAAGAAGUUAAUGGUAGUAAGUCUGAGUCUGCACAAGCUAUAGAUUCCGAAUCUUCUGAACUCAUUGAUAAGUUAAAGAACUUAAAUAUAGACACGACAAAGCCUAAAGUUCUGGAGUCACCUGUGGAAACCAAACGAGUUGCUUUAAGUGUACAAGAUCACAUAUAGUUUCAAGUUUAAAUUAGAUUAAAUAAAAAUAUACAAAGCUAAAUAAAGUAUUUAUAUUUAAAUA